AUGACCGAUGAAAAUGUAAUAUUGAGACCAUACCAAUGUACAUCAUGUAGCUCUUUCUUCAGCACCGACCAUCUGUUGCGGAGACACCUGACAAUCCAUGCGGAGAAGAAACCUUACCAAUGUGAUCUUUGUCCAUCGUCAUUUUCACAAAAUAGUGAUCUCGUCAAACAUCGACGGGUUCAUACAGGAGAGAAACCUUUCAAAUGUGACCUCUGUCCUGCUGCAUUCUCACGAAACAGCUCCCUAAAACAGCACAAAAUGAACCAUUCAGGAAACAAACCCUUCCACUGCCCUGUUAUGUCCUGCACGUCGGCAUUCUCCACCCAGCGAUUGCUUCGUAGGCAUGCAUUGAUUCACUCUGGUGUGCGGCCGCAUCGAUGCGACCUCUGUCCAGCUGCAUUCAUCCAAAAAAGUGACCUGUCCAAGCAUCACAGGACACACACAGGGCAGAAAGAUUUCCAGUGUGACAUCUGCUCGGCAGCUUUUGCUCGUCGCAGUUCAUUGAAACAACAUCGGAUGUGUCAUACAGGAGAGAAGCCAUACUCUUGCCAAUACUGUGAAUCCUCAUUUUCAACACACAGUCUCCUUAAUCGACACCGGCUUUUACAUGCUGGGGUGAAGCCUUAUUCAUGCCAAUUAUGUCACGCUUCCUUUUCCCAAAAGAGUGACCUUGUGAAGCACGGUCGAGUUCACUCAGGUGAGAAACCAUUUAAAUGUUCCGACUGCCCUGCAGCCUUUGCCAGACGGCACUCUUUAAAGCAACAUUAUGCUCGACACAAUGGUAUAAAACCACAGAAAUGUGAAGACUGUGGUGUAGCUUUCACAACACCAAGCCUUCUCAAAAGGCACCGUAAAAUCCAUCUUGGCAUCAAGCCAUUUAAAUGCACUUUAUGCACAGCAGCAUUUUUGCAGCGCAGUGACCUCAAAAAACACAGUCAGGUCCACAGCGGAGUCAAAGCAUUCCAGUGCUAUGCCUGUGGAUCAGCCUUUUCACGUGCAAGUUCUCUCAAAGAGCACAUCACAAUUCACACGGGAAUCCGACCAUUCAAGUGUCACAUUUGUACAGGAUCAUUUGCAACACAGGCUCUCUUGCGAAGACAUUUCAAAAUCCAUGCAUCACAGGGCUACCAGGAGCCAGCCAAAUUCUGCUGUGACCCCAUUGUUCCAACUACUCCACAAACCCCUGCUGAACCUCCUGGAAGUCAACCACAACCUCAGCCAGUACACUAG